AACACUACUGCAAGCACAGGAUUUGAGGCGCCCCCAACCAAAAACAUAUCCGUCUUCCAGCGGAGAGCAACGGCGAGGUGCCCGGUUUCCGUGCUCCGAGCACUCAAUGCCCGGCGCAAGAGACCAAAGUCCACGCCAACCCACCGGCCGUGUGCCAACGGGUUGGCCGUUCUCAUGCACACCGUGCCUUCGUCUCAAGCCUCUGUUCCUCGGGAAAGCGACCUCCAUAUCCUGAAAGUGUCCACGGAGUCUAAGAAUCUUGCUUUAGGGAAUGCCGUCCAUGCCCGCUUGAUCAAAACCUCCCAGUUCGACGUUGUGCAAUCGAAUCAUCUACUAGGCUUGUACUGCAAGUGCGAUCGGCUGAGUGCUGCCCGUCAACUGUUUGACGAAAUGCCUGAGAGAAACGGUGUUUCCUGUAAUUUGCUCAUGGCAGGUUAUUUACAUGGUGGAUUUCCCACGCAAGCUGUUUCUGUAUUCAAACUGAUGAGUUUCGGGGAACUGUUGUUUCAUCCAAAUGAGUACGUCUUCACGACUGCCCUGGCUUCUUGUGCUGAUAUUUCAGCUCUUAAUGAGGGUCGGCAAUGUCAUGCUUAUGUCUUGAAAUCUGGACUGGUCUCACAUUCGUACGUCAGGAACGCACUGCUUCACAUGUAUACCAAAUGUUUAGAUAUGGAAUCUGCUCUGGGUGUUUUCGGGGGUGGCUCAGAUUUUGACCUCUUCGUGUUCAAUUCCAUGAUCAAUGGCUUUUUGGAUAAUGGACAACAGAGUGAAGCUAAGAACAUCUUGAGUCGUAUGGUGAAGGAGAUUGCCCAGUGGGAUCACGUCUCAUAUGUUUCUGUUCUUGGCCUUUGUACUGAUUCAAAAGAUCCAAAAUUUGGGGGCCAAAUUCAUGGUCAAAUUUUGAGAAGAGGAAUGGAGUUCAGUGAUUUCGUUUGCAGUGCAAUUGUAGACAUGUAUGGAAAAUGCAGUGAUGUCCAGAAUGCUGUGCUUGCUUUUCAUGAGCUGCCGGGCAAGAAUGUGGUUUCAUGGACAGCAGUCAUGGCUUCCUGCACUCAAAAUGGUCACUUUGAAGAAUCCCUCAAGUUAUUCAUACAGAUGGCAGAUGAUGGUGUUCAGGCCAAUGGGUUGACAUAUGCGGUCGCCCUGAAUUCAUGUGCAGGUUUGUCGGCUUUAAGAAGUGGUGAUGCACUGAAUGGCCAUGCUGAGAAAACAGGAUGUAAGUCUUAUCUUAGUGUUGGUAAUGCUUUGAUUAACAUGUAUUCUAAAAGUGGUAGCAUUGAUGACGCAACUAAAGCUUUCACAAGCAUGCUUAACCGAGAUAUUAUUUCUUGGAAUUCAAUUAUAAAUGCUUAUUCCAAUUUUGGGUUUGCUAAGGAAGCUUUGGAAACUUUUCAUAACAUGUUAGCGGAAGAAGAGACACCAACUUGUGUAACUUUUAUAGGGGUGCUAUCAGCUUGUGCGCAUCUUGGACUAGUAGAUGAAGGAUUCUAUUAUCUGAAUCAUUUCAUGAGAGAAUUAGGAAUAGAACCUGGAAAAGAGCACUAUACAUGCAUGGUUGGUCUCCUAUGUCGAGCUGGGCGGUUAGAUGAGGUUGACAGAUUCAUGAGAGACACACGCACUGAGUGGGACAUUGUGGCAUGGAGAACUCUUCUCAGUGCUUGCCAGGUACAUGGGAAUCAUGGUCUUGGUUACAAAGUUGCUGAGCACAUACUUCAAUUGGAUCCCGAUGAUGUAGGAACAUACAUUUCAUUGUCGAACAUGUACUCUAAGGCAAGAAGGUGGGAUGGUGUCGUAAAGGUUCGGAAACUUAUGAGACAAAGAGACAUCAAGAAAGAACCUGGAGUCAGCUGGAUACAGAUAGGGAAUGAGACCCAUGUUUUUGUUUCGGAAGAUAAGAAGCACCCUUGGAUGGAGCAGAUUACUGAGAAAGUAGCAGAACUUAUAACUGAAAUAAAGCUGAUUGGCUAUGUACCCAAUAUUGCCUGUGCAUCUCAUGAUGUGGAGGAUGAACAGAAGGAAGAAUAUCUUAGAUACCAUAGUGAGAAACUAGCUAUUGCUUUUGGAGUGAUUCGCAUGCCACCAGGAGCAGCAAUCUACGUCAUGAAGAACCUUCGGAUGUGUGAUGAUUGCCAUGUUGCCAUGAAACUUAUUUCAAUUGUGACAAACAGAAAAUUAGUUGUUAGAGAUGCUAAUCGCUUCCAUUGUUUUGAAAGCGGAUGUUGCUCUUGUGAUGACUAUUGGUGAUUCAAGGGGAUUGUAGGAUAAAAAAAAAACACACACAAGAUUAGUGACUGCUUGAAAAGAGAGACUGUCACCAUCAAUUUAGUUGGAUUGGUGUUCUUUAUAUUUCAGUCUGUGAUUAUUGGACCGGAAUCGGUUAAAGCUAGACACCAAAGCAUCAGGUGGAUUACCCUGUAUCACUAAUCUGUUUUGGAAGUCUAAAUUGUAAUGUACAAAUUAGUACGAUAUAUUCAAACUGUUCCGUUAACUUUAACUUUUAGUAUAGCACAUUGUGUUUGUACUGAAUGGCCAUUAUGUCUGUACUCAAAACUGAGAAUUUCAAAUAAAAAGAAUUCAGUAAAUAAAUGUUCUUUCUUUUUGC